UGUAACAUAAAGUCUAGACGACGUCGAAUAAUUCACGCGAGAGCGGCUCUAUCAAUCUCAUCUCACUCAAACAUUAAGGGAAAGCUUUAUGUAACAAUGCUGGACUCGUUCGUAUAAUGGGAACGGGCAGUUCGGUGUCUCGCGCCAACAUCACUAACCACAGCGUUGCCAAUGGCAACCUUUUCGAAGUCGACAGUGAAUUGAGACACUUACCAGUGGAAAUUAGCCAGCGGCGAGCUCAUCCAUCGUCUCUACAGUCUUUUGGUGCUUUUCGGCAUCGUCGUGGGGGAAGCACGAAGUCAGCGUUUUCAGCUGAAAAAGAUAGCAACAUUGACAAGCGUCUCGCUCGUGAGUUGGACGCUCACCUACUCAAAGAGUGUCACGACUUAAAACUUGCUCAUGAGAAACUUGAGGAAGAAAACAGAAUAUUACGACUCGAGUUGAAAAUGCAAACAGUGAAAGCCGAACGAGUGGCUGCCGUCGAACGAGAGAAAGACAAAAUCCAAAAUUUAUUCAAAAUGUAUCGUGAGAGCAAAGAGAAGGAAUUACAGGAUCUUUUGAAGGCAAAACGCGAUCUCGAGACAAAACUGCAGAAACUGCAUAGUUCAAAGCCGAUACUAGGGGAGGAAUUGAAUUUGGCUAGUGGAACACCACAGAGGGGCAGUAGCUCGGACUUAUUUAGUAAUCAUCCGGGAGAGUGGUGGUUGCCGCUUGAUAUUACGGAGCUGCCUAAUCAGUUGGUUAGUACAGUGAGGGGACCGGAAUUGGCUCAGGCGUUGAUGGAAGCUGAUGGUCCGUUUACGAAUGUCAGCAAGAUUGAUUGGAGCGUGGCAGCUCUUUCUCUCACACAAUCCCAUUUGAUGUGGCAGCCGUGCAGCAUCAUAAAGGUGUACGUAUCAGCUGGACCAGACAUGACAGGAGAAGCCGAAAUUCUUGGACAAUUGUGUCACAGACUACAUUCUGCGUGUGAAGCCGAGAACAGAUUCUUUCAGUUUAUGUAUCUGCCAUUCGAAAACAGCAAAGCAACAGCCAGACAUGCUGAAAAAUAUCGUCCAAUCAUGAGAAGAGAGUUGGAAAGCUGUGACAUUUUUGUUGCAUUUCUUGGUUCUUCUCACAGCAAGUUCAUGAAGGACGAAGUUGAAUUUGGGUAUUUGAAUAGCCCUGCAUCUAAACCUGCAGUCUUUGUGUUUAAGAAUGAGAGUAAGGCAACAGAAAUUAGUUCGAGGCGGACGGGAAGUACUUCUAGUAAAUCACUUGUUACAACUUUGAAGAGUAAAAUUAGAGCAACGGGCAAGGCAAAGAUUAUUGAAGAUUGGGUUGGAUGCAAAGAAGCAGCUCAAGUUGCAUAUGAGGAAUUGGACAAUUUUGUUCAAAUUGAACUUGGCGACUGUAGUGAGAUGGAUUCUGCUCUAUCAGAGUCAUGUGAUGAAGAAGACAUUCCUCCUAGCAUAACAAACGAUCGACGAGACGAAGCUGAACAAUUCGAGACGUUUUCUCAAAUUGUUGCUACUCCAGGCACAUUUGGCUUUGACAAAUAUUUUGAACAUCUUGAUGAGCACGUGUCGGGGUCCGGUCCGCUUCCUCCUCUCUUAGUGUUAGGAGACGAAGGAUCCGGCAAGACACAGUUACUUGCCAAAUGGAUAGAGCGUCAGAGGGAGAGAUCUCCUGGCACUCUUAUUCUUUAUCAUUUUGCUGGACAUGCUGAAUCGUGUAGCUCCGACCCUGUUCUCAUGAUGAGGAGGCUAACAGCUGAGAUGAUGCGUUUGAGUGGAAUACCUUACAGUCUUUCAUGCGAUGGAUCUCGAUUGGAAACCGAGUUUCCUCGAUGGUUGGACAAGAUAGCAUCUCAUCGUCAAGGAGGUGUCAUCCUUGUCAUCGACUCUAUUGACAGACUUGAGGCAAGAGAGCAACAUCUUGGAUGGCUGUUUGAUCCUCUUCCUGUUGAUGCUCGUGUUGUUCUAUCAGCAAAUGACCAAACGUGCCUCGAAGCAUGGAGAAUGUUGCCGACGAUGAAAAUCCAACCUCUGAGUGUCCGCGACGCUCGCUCGCUGUUGAAGUUGUGGCUGGGAAAUACGAAGUCGCUGAUAACGUCAGAGCAGGAAGUGAAGCUUGUUUCGAAUGGCAAGACGACGAUUAGUCCUCUUCACAUAGUUCUCACAGCCAAAUAUCUAGCGAGUGACUGUACGGCUACGACGUUGGGAAGUAGAAUCAAAGCUUGUGUAAACUGUCAACAAGCCGGCGACGUUGUGUCGCUCAUUCUGGAAAAACUAGAAGACGAGAUGACGGAAGUCGAUGGCUUCAAGGGCUAUAUUGUGAAGGUUUUGUCGCUCAUUGUUUGUAGUGCCAAUGGAAUGGCCGGAAGUGAAAUUCUCCAUCUUGCCCCAGCCCCACUCACAGUGUGGACACCACUCUAUUACGCUCUCAUCGACAGACACAUUCUAACAGAGACUGCCGGAUUACUCAAGCCAACCAACUGGCAGGUUGGUGAUGCUAUUCGGAGAAAGUACAUGCAGGUGGGCGAGCAACGGAUGCAUUACUGCAAGCAAGUGGCAGAGUUUUUUGAGGGACAAUUGUGCUCAGUGACGAAUCGUGUGUCUGACGAGCUGCCUCGUGUUCUGUGUGCUAUGGAGGAUAAGGGUCGACUACAUGAAGUCAUCACCAACAUUUUAGUAUUUCUUCGACUUUACCGACGAGGCCGUUGCUCACAACUUAUACGAUAUUGGCAAAUGGCUGGUGCAGAUCAAGUUGGUAUGGCUCAGCAUUACUGCGAUGCCAUUCAGAAGCUGCAGGAAGGUGAAGUUGAUACGGAGAAGUUGAAGAGAGUGGCUUGUCUGUAUGAGAAUGUUGGUCAUUUCCUGAGAGAUCUUGGUCUUAUGAGUCAGGCUGUUGGUCCUCUUCAACGAGCCCUUGAAGUUAGGGAACAAACACUCGAUCCUGACCAUCCGAGUGUAGCACAGUCUCUGUACCAGCUCGGAAAUCUUUACACACAGUGGGGCAAGUUCAGUACUGCUGAAGAACUAUACCAACAAGCUAUGGAAAUCACCGACACAUCACACGGAGCCGAAUCACUUCAAAUGGCACGACAUCUCGAAGCUCUCGCAAUCCUUUACAAGAAACAAGACAGGAACGAAGAGGCGGAAACAUUACAUCGUCAAGCCCUCAUUAUUCAACAAAAACUGCAAUCACAACCUCAACUCUACAAAUUCAAUGUUGCUUUACGAGAUCGACGUCGUCACCGAGCAGUUCAACUGGGCGAACUAGCAAUGAGUCCGGAAUCCCCCGGCCUGGCUCGCUCCCUCAACGAACUCGGAGUUCUGUACUACCUGCAGGACAACCAUGAACUUGCGCAGCAGUUUUUCGAACGUGCCCUGGAAAUGAGAGAGAACAUUCUGGGAAGAGAACAUCCGGAUAUUGCACAGUCGUUGCAUAAUUUGGCGUCGCUGUAUAAUGCACAGGAGAGGUUUGGUGAUGCAGUGUUGUUGUAUGAGAGGGCGUUGGCUAUCCGGCAGAAAGCGUUUCCGUCGGAGCAUCCCAGUGUGGCGACGACUGUUAAUCAACUGGCGAUUCUGUAUAGAAAGCAGAAUGAAUAUGGCAAAGCAGAACCUCUUUACAAACAAGCACUUGGCAUCAGAGAGAAAUCGUUUGGUGCAAGCCAUCCAUCUGUAGCAACUGCGCUCAACAACUUAGCAGUACUUUACUGCAAAAUGCACAAGUACAGUUCAGCAGAGCCACUCUAUCAACGAGCCCUGAAGAUCUACGAGGAGAGUUUCGGACCUGGUCACUUCCGAGUGGCUGAAACAUUAAGAAAUCUUGCCGUGUUACAGUAUGACAAGGGAGACUUCGAGUCUGCUGCUCGUCUAUACAAACGAUGUACUGACAUCAAAGAGCAAGGUCCAUCGGUCUCUCGACCGCCUUCCGAAUUUGGUAAAUCCGAAUGGGCAGGAGACAGUCGCAGUCUAUACACGUGACACAACAAGCAAACAAGAAAACGUAACAACAAGUAAUAUAAAAUAGCAGAUUAUAUUACAUGACCACGCCCAGUAUGUAUUUACAUACAGUGUUUAUAUAUUGAUUUGCCAUGACCAUAUUUGGAUAUUUCGUAUCUUUGAAUGAAAAUAGAUUUAAAUCGUUUUGUAGAUGCUGUAGCAGUCGGAGUCUCAAAUAUACA